UAUGCAAAGAUGUACGAAUACUAUGGCUACUACCAAAAAUCAGCCGGAGACCCUGACGCGCAAGCUCGUUGGGCGCACCAACUGACCUGGGAAGUAGCUCGCCAUGCGGUUGGUGAGGAGCUCAUUGUGUAUCCGUUAAUGGAGGAGCACAUGGGG